UUGAUUAUAUCAUUGAUCAAUAUAAUCAUCCUUAAUAAGGAGUGAGAGAGUAGUCAUACAACAAUUCCUUUUUUUUUUUUUUCUCAGUCUUAUUACAAUUAUUGUUCUUUUUAUUAAAAAAAAUAUAUACAUUUAUAUACACAUAUACAUCGUGUUUUAAUUAAUCAUUCUUAAACUUAUAUAACUCAAUAUCUUAAUUAUACAUGUCGGGAAUGGAUCCUCAACAACGACGAUCCAGUUUUCGUAAUUCCUCUCCUAACACUAUAAUGAUGAAUUCGGAGCUCAAAGUAGGGAUGCGGGCUCAGGUACAAGGCAAGAUGGGAUGGAUUCGCUUUGUAGGCAUUACGAGUUUUCAAACAGGCAAAUGGAUAGGUAUUGAACUAGACGAGCCACAAGGGAAAAAUAGUGGUGUCGUUCAGGGUAAACGUUAUUUUGAGUGUAAAACCAAUCAUGGUGUCUUCGUUAGACCAAGUCAAGUCAAACUUAUUCAUAAUCCUUCGUUAACUACUACUACUACUACUACCUCAAUGUCGCCAUUAGAACAAGAGACCUCAUCAUUGACGACGAAAGCAAUACCUUCAUCAUCACGUAUAAGUCGAUUACCUAAUUUAAUGAAUCGAAAGAGCAGCACCAUCCUUUCCACUCAGCCCAAAUCAGUGUCCAUCACACCUAAAAAAAAUAAAACACCCUUAAUGAGUCAAAACAAUGUCCAACAAGAAGAGAUGGAGGUGAACAAAGAAGAGGAUUCUUCAUUAUCCGUCUCUGAAGAAAUCAUUCCAUCUUCUUCUUCUUCUUCUUCUAUUACUACUACUACUACUGCUGCUGCUGCUGCUCUUCCUCCUCCUCCACAACAAAGUUAUGGUUCACUUUUAUCUAUUCAUAAAUCAGAUCCUAUCAUUUCCUUUAAAGAAUACGAAGAACUUCGUCUGAAACUUAAAAUACUUGAAGCAAAACGGCAAGAAGACCGUGAACGAUAUCGUGAAUAUGAAAAGAUCAAAGAAGAAGCAGAACAAUUCUUGACGUUAAGAAACAAGUUACAAGAUAAGAUUAGUGAAUUACAACGAGAGUUGAGAGAGACAAGACGAGAACUGAAGGAGUCGAAUGAUGAAAAGGAAAAUUAUGAAGUAAAAUACAAUGAUGUUAUUGAGUCGUUGGAGAUGAUCACGUUAGAUAAGGAAGUAGCUGAAGAACGAGCAGAACACUUGCAACAAGAAGUGAAUGUGCUGAAAGAUAAAAUUGAGGAGAUUGGGGUUGAUUUAGAUGUAUUAAGAAAAGAAGCGGAUAUAAUAAAUCGUGUUUCUUCUGAAGGUGGUGGAGAUCAAAAGACAUCUUUAGAGUUUAUUCAAUUAGAAAGACAUAAUGAAAGAUUAAAAGAAGCUUUGGUGAGAUUACGUGAUGCAACUACAGCUCGUGAAAAUGAACUUUGUGAUAGAAUCAAGGAAUUGGAAAAGGAAAGCUAUGUAUUAGACGAUGUGAAAAAACAAUACGAUAAAAUACAUAAUAAGCUCGAAUUAUCAGAAUUGACGAUUGAAGAACUUAAGCAACGUUUGGAUGAUGCUCUGGGAGCUGAAGAUUUAGUUGAGCAAUUAACAGAGAAAAAUUUGAGUUUAACAGAAAAAAUAGAAGAGAUGCAUCUAAUUAUUGAGGAUUUGGAAGCCCUUAAAGAACUUGCAGAUGAACUAGAAGAGAAUCAUAUUGAAAAUGAAAAGCAGUUACAAGCUGAAAUUGAUCAUAGAGAUAUGCUACUACGUGAACAGCUAGAACGUCUUCGAUCCUCAGAAGAAACUAACGCAGAUUACGAGACCACAAUUCAGCAAUUCCGUGAGCUGGUUACAACUUUACAAAACGAUUUAGAACAGUUACGCUUUAAGGAAGUAAGUCAACAAUCAGAGAAGCAAACAUUAAGCAGUCAGUCACAAGCUAUGAUGUCCCUUCAUAUGCAAUUACAAUCUACUGUAAUGAAAGCACAAGCAAAAGCAAUUGACCUAGAACUACGUAAAUUGGAUGCUGCUCAAGCCAAUGAUCGACUUAAUUGUAUUCAGCCUUAUUUACCCGAUUCAUUCUUCAGGACCGAAAAUGAUGCCAUAUCAUGUCUGUUGUUAUUUAAACGGCUCGUAUUUAAGACAGAAUUGAUUAUCAAGCAUUUAGAUCAAAAUUAUCCAAUUAGUGAAAAAAUCAUGGACAUUGUGCCUGAAAGUCUUAUUGCUGUCUGUGAGAUGCGUCAGCGUGCAGGAUGGUUGAGCGACAUAAGUAAACGAUUUGUGACAUUUAUUAAAAAUUGUCAGCCUGCCAUGUUUAUCAAGAUGGGACAGGUCUAUCAUGAUUUAAUGGGUGCAGAAAGACGAUUGACGAGUCUUGUUGAAUUGAUGCGCAUGAAUGAGAUCAAUGAAUUAGAAUGUGUAGUUGAGUUACAACGUAUUAUCGCUCAAUUAGAGCAUUUAAGUGAAAUUCACUUAGUACAAAAUGAGGCUAAUCAUUUUGAUCAAUUCUUUGGAUUAACAAGAGCUUUAGAUUUAAAUGCAGAUCGAAUAAUUGUAGAGCUAACUUUUGUUAAGCAAGCGUUAGAUUGUCCAACCCAAAAUGAAAAUAUAAAUAUAAUUGAAGGACGCCAAACAUUAGACUACGAUUAUUUAGAACCACUAGGUCGACUUGUUUCUCAAGCUAAAAAUAGUAAGGUGUUGGCAAAGAAAAUAGUGCGCCAGUUAGAAGAUUUGUCAGAGCAAGCAUUAACCUUAAGACCAGAAUACCUUCAUCAAUUCAGAAUGUUAUUUGCCAUCAGUUCCAAACUUGGAAAAUUUUGUUAUGAAACAUAUAAACAAAUUUCAGCUUAUAUAAGUGCUAAAAUGGAUAGCAAAGAAGAUAUCAGCCUAAGUAUGAUUCAGCAAAUCGUUUAUAAUAAGGCAGAUGAGGUUCUUGAAAUUGCUGAAAGUUCCAUGUGGGAAGCUUGUUUAAAAACACUAAAAUCUCUAACCAAUGAACUUGGAAGCACAAUUGAGCAAAUAUCAAAUGAAAACAAAACAGAAAAAAUUAUAACUACAGUAGCUCCUUGGGUUCAACGAGCUUCCGAUAUUAAGGCAGAAGUUAUUAUUAAUCAUGAUAUGGAACGUAAAUUACAACAACAUAGCGAUGAGAUUGUAAAAUUAAUCAAAGAUGUGAAAAUUAAAGAUCAAGCACUUCAAGAAUCGAAUGUCAAGAUUGAGUUACUUAAAAAACGUAUGGAAAUAGUAAAGAAACAAGCUGAGCAGAUCAACUCACUGGAAGAAACAUUAUCAAAAGUACAAGGUCAAGAACAAAUGUAUGCUGAAGCAAUGGAGAAUCUUCAGAUUGAAUAUGAUGCAUUAGAACAAGAGAAUACAGAACUUAAAAAGAAUGCCCUCAAAAAUGAAGAAAAGAGAUUUUCUUCGGUUAUUCGUUAUUUACGUUCUGAGAAUGCACACCUUAAAGGAUUGGACAUUGCUCGAUCACUCCAACUCCAUCAACAACCUUUUAAGAAGCUUAAUGAUGCUAAAGACUUCAACUUGGACAAGCCUUUACUUGGAUCUUUUGCUCUUGAAAGACGUAUGCUUGUAAAGGAUAUACGUACUGUAAGCGCAUCCUUGAAGGUAGUACAGCUCUCAUCUCACUAUCGUGCUGGUAAAUGGCAAAGUGAGAAAAGACUACCAGACUAUCAAUACCAAACGCAACAAUCUGUGCUGUAUACCCUAAAACAAAGAUAUAAUCAAUUAAGACAUAAAAUAGCACAAGAUCAAAAGGAUACGCCAUCUCAACAGAUACUACUAUCAACUCGUAAAGCCAAGUUGCUAAAAUCCAACUACCAAAUUCUAUUACUGCAAAUAUAAAUAAUAGAUGUCGUGUUCAACUCAAAAGUUUAGUCGAAUUUGAAAAAAUACACAACAUCUUUAUUUAAAUAAAGAUAAAAAAAACUUGCUUUACACACAUAAUUGAUGAAAAAAUACAACGUUACUUUUUGGAUAAAUUAACAAUGAAUGAAUGAA